CUCAAAGCGUAAUGGCUGUUCACGCGAAUCAUGUACCGGGACAAGUGCAUGCCACAUCAAUGCAAGCGUUUUCAAAAAAUCAAGUGAACAUCCAACCAAAAACUGGAAUGAAGCUAGCGUCAGCGACACCUUCAAAUGCUGAUGCCAAGGAUCCGAGGAUGAACAAUGGGAAAUUUGAUUGGCUUCUCAAGGAAACAAGUCCCCUGUACACAGCCGCCAAGAAAGCUGUUUCAGUAGCUGCGAAUAAGCUUAGUCUGAAUGCAGCUAACACACCGAAGGGUGCUUUACAGUUGCAGGCAUCCAAUGGAACUGAUGCUAACACCACGGAGACGAACUCUCAGGGGGAUAGGAGGCUUGAGAAUGGGGGGGGGGAUUCGGAUGACAUCACUUCGGAGUUCAAGAUGACAAAGAAGAAUGAGCUAUAUUUCUUUAUCACGUGGAUCAUUGUCCUCUUUCUGGUGAUUGGCGUGUUACUCUUGUGCAUUGCCUACGCUCGAACCAUGUUGGGCGCGGAUAAUCAGAAAGUUCCUCCCUCAAAUGCCAAGAAUGGUUUGGGAGCACCAGGAUAUGGAGCAGCAGGAAGGAUUCAUUAAGAGCUUGGUUAAAGCUCCCUAUGUGUGUAACUAUUUUCAACCUCUUUUGCGAAGGAAUUUGAUGAGAGGAUUGAUCAAAACUUGGCUGAUUCAUAUUAAUGAUCAGUCCGACAGAACAGUGGCAUGUUGUAUCAUUGAAUUUUUAUCAGUUCGGAAUACAUUAGACAGAAU